UUUUCCAUGUGAUGAAUGGCUGUGUUUCUCUCAACAUCUGCAGCGCUUGUAGCCUUGGCGUUUGCAGGGUCCAUUGGAAUGACAUUUGUCAUUUUGGCUUGUGCCCUUCCUCAAUAUGAUGUUUGGUGGCCUUUCUUUGUGGUGCUCCUCUAUCUUCUGGCACCUGUACCAACCCUUGUAGCUCGAAGAUACGCUGAAGAUUCAGGUGGUUCUGGGGGACCAUGUCUCGAGUUUUCGAUAUUUGUCACAAUGGGCUUCAUUGUCUCAGCAUUUGCCCUUCCCAUAGUCCUUGCCAGAUCUCCUUUUGGAAACCCAGUGAUUCAAUGGGGAGCGUGCUAUCUCACCCUUGCUGGCAAUGUUGUGGUAUUCCUAACGUUACUCGGCUUCUUCCUCACUUUCGAUCAGGAGGAUGCUGAUUACAGCAUGUGGUAAACAUUGAUACUUAUUGGCAUUCCCAAUCUCUAUGGAUUGCUUUUGAAUAUGAGACUGAUUAGUAAAGGAAUUCAGGUCUUAAAUAACUGGUUCUGCCUUUGGAUCUAUGCAGCUACUAAGUGCAAGUAUUUCAUGAGUGUUGUGCUUACAAUAUCGAAAUAAUUGAGCUGUUUGCAAGAUUGAGAAUGUUUUCUGGGUUGUCCUGUAUCACUUAUCCACAUUGCUUUUGUAUUUUAAGUUAUUUUAUAUGCAUCUUAAGUGCUUUAAUAAUUGUGUUAGAUGUGCUGUCAGGGAAUUGUCUCCUUUCAGUUUGUAAAUGAGAUCAUCAAUAAAUUAUUCAUUUAAUCAUA